UCUCAGACUGCUGCCUACUCCUACAGCAGCAUGAAGUGAAGAUGAAGACGAUGGUAGAAUCGAUAAAGGACGUGGAAGUAAAGAAGAGGCAGCUGGAGGAAGCUGUGGACAGACUUAACGAGGAGUGUGUCAAGUUAAAGGCCCAAGGUAGCAACCAGAUGAAUGUGUAUCUAUGUAGCAUCCAGUAAUCUAACCCUAUAAUACAUCACAAUAAUCCAUCUAAUAAUGCUUCCAAUAAU